AUGCGCCAGUUUCCACAGGGCUCCCCACAGUGGCUUCCAAAGGUUCAAAAGUUCAUCGAGACUGAACCCGCAGCAGAGCGUCAAGUUCGACUCGAACGCCGAGAUGCCGUCAAGAAAGUCUUUCAGCGUUGUUGGAACUCGUACCGCAAGCAUGCCUGGAUGAGUGACGAGAUCAUGCCCAUCAGCGGUGGGAAGCGCGAUGUCUUUGGCGGCUGGGGAGCAACCUUGGUCGACAGUCUCGACACCCUCUGGAUCAUGGACCUGAAAGAUGAGUUCAAGGAGGCAGUGGAAGCUGCGUCCAAGAUCGACUUUUCCAAAGCCCCGGGAGACAAAGUGAACGUAUUUGAGACCAACAUUCGAUAUCUGGGUGGCUUUCUGGCAGCCUACGACCUAAGUGGCGAUAGACGGCUCCUACGUAAAGCAACAGAGGUUGGAGAAAUGCUCUAUGUCGCCUUCGAUACUCCCAACCGCAUGCCAAUGACAAGAUGGGACGCUGUGGAUGCAUCCAAAAACAAACCCCAGGAAGCCGACGAAUCCGUCCUUCUUGCCGAGAUUGGCACAUUCGCUCUGGAGUUCACCAGGCUUUCUCUCCUCACCAAAGACCCAAAAUGGUUCGACGCUGCGCAUCGCAUCACUGAGCUCCUGCAUAAGCAACAAGACACCACGCGUUUCCCAGGAAUGUGGCCUGUCAUUGUCAACGCCCGCACCACAGAAUUCAACCUACAUAAUGACUUCACCAUCGGGGCCAUGGCUGACUCUUGGUACGAAUAUCUCCCAAAGGCCCAUGCUCUCGUCGGGGGUCUACUACCACAAUAUCGCGAAAUGUAUGAAAAGGCCAUGGAGGCAGUCAUCAAACGAAAUGUCUUCCGGCCUAUGCUUCCAGACAACGCCGACGUCCUUGUCUCUGGCCUUGUCUCUGUCUCCCGAAGCGGCGAUGACACUGUCUACUCUCUCAAACCAGAAGGCCAGCAUCUCGUUUGCUUCGCAGGUGGUAUGCUCGCCCUCGGUGGCAAGCUUGUGGAGAACCAAACCCAUGUGUCUGUCGGGGAGAAACUGAUGGAUGGUUGCAUCUGGACCUAUUCACACAUGCCCGUGGGGAUCAUGCCAGAGACAUUCACCAUGCUUCCCUGUCCUUUAACAAUCUCGCCCGAGAAGCCAGAGUGUACGUUUUCCGAGACCAAGUGGAAAAAUGCGAUCAAAAAAAAGCACAUCUCCAAGGGGUUCACGUCGCUUCCGGAUACUCGAUACAUUCUCCGACCUGAAGCAAUCGAGUCGGUAUUUAUUCUCUACCGCACAACCGGCCGAAAGGACUUGCCUGAAAAAGCAUGGAAGAUGUUUGAAGCUAUCGAGAAGAAUACCAAGACUGAGCUCGCCAACGCGGCACUGUCGGAUAUUACUCGUUAUGACCCUGAGAACGAGGAUCCGGAGAAGACGGACUCGAUGGAGAGCUUUUGGCUGGGUGAGACGUUGAAGUAUUUUUAUUUGAUGUUCAGUGAGCCGGACUUGAUUAGUCUGGAUGAGUGGGUUUUUAAUACGGAGGCCCAUCCGCUGAGGAGGUUGGUGCCUGAUUUGAAGGGGCUGUUUGAUUGA